UGAGCUGAAGACGCAGGAAGUGCAGGAAGGAAUGGAAUGAAUGUUGAGAAAAGUGAAGCGAUCUGAAGAUUCUGAGCCGGAUUAGCAGGACCAGGACCUGGAACUGGUCUAGCUGGACCCCCUUUACCCCCCGGACCCCCUGGACCCGGUUUACCUGGACCCCCUUUACCACCGGGACCAGAACCGGCAGCUUUAACUCUGGGCUGAAGCAGGAAGUGGAUCAGACAUGGGCAGUAAGGAGCGCUACCACUGGCAGGCCCAGAACGUGAAGGUCUCCGGCGUGGACGACAUGGUUCUGCUGUCCAAGAUCAGCGAGGAGGGAAUCACCGACAACCUGAAGAAGAGAUACAUGGACGACUACAUCUUCACCUACAUCGGUCCGGUUCUGAUCUCGGUGAAUCCGUUCAAGCAGCUUCCGUAUUUCACCGACCGGGAGGUGGAGCUUUACCAGGGAGCGGCCCAGUACGAGAACCCCCCCCACAUCUACGCUCUGGCCGACAACAUGUACCGGAACAUGAUGAUUGACAACGAGAACCAGUGUGUCAUCAUCAGCGGAGAAAGUGGUGCUGGGAAAACCGUCGCCGCCAAAUUCAUCAUGAGCUACGUGUCCAAGGUGUCGGGGGGAGGACAGAAAGUACAGCACGUGAAGGACAUCAUCCUGCAGUCCAACCCGCUGCUGGAAGCUUUUGGAAACGCCAAGACGGUCCGCAACAACAACUCCAGCAGAUUCGGGAAGUACUUUGAGAUCCAGUUCAGUCGGGGAGGAGCUCCGGACGGAGGGAAGAUCUCCAACUUCCUGCUGGAGAAGAGUCGGGUGGUGUCGCAGAACCAGGGGGAGCGGAGCUUCCACAUCUACUACCAGCUGCUGGACGGGGCCUCGGCGGAGCAGAGGGAGAGUCUGGGCAUCACCACGGCUGAUUACUACAACUACCUGAACCAGAGCCAGACCUACACGGUGGAGGACGUGGACGACAAGGGGGACUUCAGUCUCACCACGGAGGCCAUGGCGGUGGUGGGUCUCUCGGGGGAUGAGCAGGACUCGGUCCUGCAGCUGGUGGCAGGAAUUCUCCACCUGGGGAACAUCAGCUUCAGGGAAGAGAACAACUACGCCGUGGUGGAGAGCCAGGACUUCCUGGCGUUCCCGUCCUACCUGCUGGGGAUCUCCCAGGAUGGUCUCUGCAGUAAACUGACCAGCCGGGUUAUGGACAGCAAGUGGGGCGGCCGGACCGAGUCCAUCGCCGUGACCCUGAACACGGAGCAGGCCGUUUUCACCAGGGACGCCCUGGCCAAGGCGCUGUACGCCCGGCUCUUCGACUUCCUGGUGGACUGCAUCAACAAGGCCAUGCAGAAGGACCAGGAGGAGCUGAACAUCGGAGUCCUGGACAUCUACGGCUUCGAGAUCUUCCAGAAAAAUGGAUUUGAACAGUUCUGCAUCAACUUCGUCAACGAGAAGCUGCAGCAGAUUUUCAUCGAGCUCACCUUGAAGGCUGAACAGGAUGAAUACGUCCAGGAAGGAAUCAAGUGGAGACCGAUCGAGUAUUUCAACAACAAGGUGGUCUGUGACCUCAUCGAGUCCAAACUGAAUCCUCCUGGGAUCAUGAGCGUCCUGGACGACGUGUGCGCUACGAUGCACGCUAAGGGCGAGGGCGCCGACCAGACGCUGCUGCAGAAGCUGCAGGGACAGAUCGGUUCCCACGAGCACUUCAGCAGCUGGAACAAAGGCUUCGUGGUGCACCACUACGCCGGCAAGGUCUCCUACGAUGUGGGCGGGUUCUGUGAGCGGAACAGAGACGUUUUGUUCAACGACAUCAUCGAGCUGAUGCAGAGCAGCGAGUUUCCGUUCAUCAGAGCUCUGUUUCCGGAGAACCUGGAGGCCGAGAAGAGAGGGAGGCCGUCCACGGCUAGCAGCAAGAUCAAGAAACAAGCUAACGUCCUGGUCCAGACCCUGAUGAAGUGCACCCCCCACUACAUCCGCUGCAUCAAGCCCAACGAGACCAAGCGUCCCCGGGACUGGGAGGAGAGCCGGGUCCAGCACCAGGUGGAGUACCUGGGUCUCCGGGAGAACAUCCGGGUCCGGCGGGCCGGAUACGCCUACCGGAGAGCCUUCAACAAGUUCCUGCACCGGUACGCCAUCCUGACCCGGGAGACCUGGCCCACCUGGAAGGGGGACGAGCGCCAGGGCGUCCUGCACCUUCUGCAGUCGGUCCACAUGGACCAGGACCAGUUCCAGCUGGGCAAGAACAAGGUCUUCAUCAAGGCCCCGGAGUCGCUGUUCCUGCUGGAGGAGAUGCGGGAGAGGAAGUACAACGGUUACGCCCGGCUCAUCCAGAAGGCUUGGCGCAAACACAUCGCCGUCCGCAAAUACGUCAAGAUGAGGGAGGAAGCGUCGGACGUCCUGCUGAACCAGAAGCAGCGCCGCAGGAACAGCAUCAACAGGAACUUCGUGGGCGACUACAUCGGCACCGACAACCACCCCGAGAUCCGGCAGUUCGUCGGCCGACGGGAGAGAAUCGACUUCGCCGACGUCGUCGUCAAGUUCAACCGACGCUUCAAGACCACCAAGCAGGACCUGGUCCUCACCCCCCGGUUCCUGUACCUGAUUGGUCGGGAGAAGGUGAAGACGGGCCCGGAUAAGGGACAGAUCCGGGAGGUUCUGAAGAGGAAGAUCGAGGUCGACAAGGUCCAGUCCGUCUCCCUGAGCACCAUGCAGGACGACAUCUUCAUCGUCCACGAGGAAGAGUACGACAGCGUCCUCCAGAGCGUCUUCAAGACGGAGUUCCUGAGUCUCCUGGUGAAACGAUACCAGGAGAAGACGGACAGGAAGCUGCCGCUCAAGUUCAACAACCUACUUGAGUUUAAGGUGAAGAAGGGCGGCUGGGGGCCCUUCAGCUCCGCCGGGUCCAGGCAGAUCCAGUUCCACGCGGGUCAGGGCGACGAGGCGGUCCAUAAGCCCAGCGGGAAAGUCCUGCAGGUUUCUAUCGGACCAGGUCUGCCCAAGAACUCCAGACCGACCCGGAGGGACAACCGGAAGAGCCGCUACAUGGGCGGCCAGGCCCCGUCCUCGGACCAGAACCGCUCAGGACCCGGGUCCAGAGGGGGCGGGGCUCGGCCCGGAGGGGGCGGGGCUCCCCAGGGCUCCUCCUCCAGAGGGGGCGGGGCCAGAGGCUCCUCCUCCAGAGGGGGCGGGGCCAGAGGCUCCGUCCUCAGGCAGCAGUCGUCCAUGGACCAGCCCACGCUGCCCCGCCACCACAACCACAACCAGAACCAGAACCGGUCCCAGCGGCCCCCCCAGCAGGACAUGGGCUUCAUGGACGUCCCGGACCACGGAGCCGCCGGGCUCCACCGGCGCCGGUCCAAGGAAAGUAAACCGGUUCCGGGGGCGGGUCGGCCCAAACCGCGGCCCCGGUCCCCCCAGUGCCGGGCCCUGUACGCCUACGACGCCCAGGACACGGACGAGCUGAGCUUCAACACCGACGACGUCAUCGACAUCAUCACUGAAGACCCGUCUGGUUGGUGGUUCGGUCGGUUACGAGGCAAAGAGGGGAUGUUUCCUGGGAACUACGUGGAGAAGAUCUAGAACCUCGGGUGGAAACGUGCUGAGAGUCCUGCAGCGCCCCCUGGAGGCCCCAGCCGUCACUACAGCCAUCAUUACACCUCCCAGGAUCCCCCACCGGCGCCCCCUCAGGCUCCAGCCGGAACUACAACCCCCAACAGAACUCUGGGCCGUAACCUGCUGAUCACAUGACCUGCUGAUCACAUGACCUGCUGAUCACAUGACCUGCUGAUCACAUGACCUUUGCUCUCAUCACAAGAUCAAAACACAUAAACUCCAUAAUUGUAUUAAUACAGAUAAAUGUUUCCAUCCUGUUUCAUCACUUUUCCUGUCACAUGAUCAGUGUUUCCUGUCACGUGAUUGUGUUUCCUGUCACGUGAUCAGUGUUUCCUGUCACAUGAUCAGUGUUUCCUGUCACGUGAUCAGUGUUUCCUGUCACGUGAUCAGUGUUUCCUGUCACGUGAUCAGUGUUUCCUGUCACAUGUUUGUUUAUUGUCACAUGAUCAGUGUUAAACUGUCCCAUCAGCUGAUCCUGGAUCAGGUUAAAGACUGAAAUUUCAGGAUAUCAGAGAUGAUAUCGUUGUCUUUUAUCAGCUAAUGAACUAAACAGAAAAGGAACCAAAACACACCUCAUUCUUUCUCAUUUUUUCCCAAUUUUUUUUAUUUUUCUUUCAACUUUUUGCAUUUUUCAUUUACAAACACGUCAAAUUCUUCCUUUUUUUCCCCAAAUUUUUUAUUUUUCCCUCAACUUUACACUUUCUUUGAGGAUAUUGCUUUAAAAAGUUGAUUACAUUUAAAAUGUUUAAGAAAAGUCUGAUUUUAGGACAAAGUUGUUCCAGUAUUAGCACAUGUGGUGACGGAGGUCACAUGACCCGAGGAAACUGUAUAAGUUUAUUUACUACUUUAACCGAGAAUUUACAACUUUAAUGAAUAAAUGUUGAUUUUAAUAAA